GCCAGGGAACGUUGUCCCGAGCUGUUCCGCGAGUUGUCAUUCGAGUGCGCCGACGGGGAAGUGUCAGGAGGGGGAGUCCGAGAUCUCGGGGGUUCUGUGAUCGAGUGUUUCGAGUCGUGACUGCGCGUUGUCAGUGGCCCGCCCCCGAAGACAAUCACACUUGGCAUGUGUGUCGUGGAGGACCUAGAAUGAGCAUGGAAUCGGUGAUGGAUUCUUCCCCCAGUAACAGUGACAGAAGCAGCCACGUGAGUUCUUCUCCUCCGCCGAUCAAGUCGUCGAUGACUCCGCCGCCCAACAAUAACAACCACCCGGACAGUCCCAACAUGCGACCCUCCGGUAGUCCCGGUCAACACCCGGUAUCUCAGCAGAUGAGUCCUCCGGCCGUGUCGACCCCCAGCAGCAUCGUCAGCAUGGCGCCUAGGCUCGGCAUGGGUCUUCCGCCCCCGGGUCUGGGUCUCCUCAACUCUCUGGGCGGCAUGGUCCAUCACUCGCCCUUGGACCUCAUGGCCGUCGCUCACCACCACGGGCCUCCGCGCUCCUACAACAGUCCGCCGCCCAUAUCCAGCUCCGACCCCACGGCUAACGAAUGCAAGCUGGUCGACUAUCGCGGGCAGAAGGUCGCGGCUUUCAUCAUCGCCGGAGACACGAUGCUCUGCUUGCCCCAGGCCUUCGAGCUGUUCCUCAAGCACCUGGUCGGCGGUCUUCACACGGUCUACACCAAACUGAAGCGUCUGGACAUCGUACCCCUGGUCUGCAACGUGGAGCAAGUCCGCAUUCUGCGCGGUCUGGGGGCCAUCCAACCCGGUGUCAACAGGUGCAAGCUCCUCUCGUGCAAGGACUUCGACAUCUUGUACCGCGACUGUACCACGGCCAGAUUCCGACCUGUUACGCAAUUCGCUUACGAUACGGGUUCCAGGCCGGGACGACCCCCCAAGCGAGCCUCCAUCGGUCUAAGUCUGGCGGCCUCCCACCUCUCACAUCAGCUCAAGAAGCACCGGUUGGAGAACGGAGACUAUCCGGGCUACGAGAACGGACAUCUGUCUGAUGGCCCUAGGAUGGAGAAGUCGCCACUUCUCGCCAACGGGUACAACCAUCCUCCUACCCACUUGAACCACAUGCAGUUUAUGCAGUUGGGGCAGCAUCCUCACACCGCCAUCCUCAACCCUGGGCUUGGCCAUCAUCCUGGUCUCUCGCGCCCCGACGGCUCGAUCAUCAAGAGUCAGCCCCUGCCCGCCAUGGACGCUAUUGCCAGAUCUGGAAUUUGGGAGAACUGCCGUGCUGCCUAUGAGGACAUCGUCAAGCACUUGGAAAGGUUAAGAGAAGAAAGAGGUGACACCGAGAGAGCCCUUGCGCUGGAUCACAAAGUUCGAGACCUCAGUUUACACAAUGGGUCCUCGAACGGCCACAGUCCGGUCCUCAAUCUUAGCAAGUCCGGUGCCGACCAAUCCGGCAGCGAGGCUGGCCACACGGGACUGGAGGACGAGGACGAAGAUGACAAUGUCAGUGACGUCGAUGAGGAGGACGACAAGGACCAAGAUCUGAGCGACGCCGCGGAAGCAGGGGUGGGUGGCGUCUCUCCCCACGCCAUCAACUACUCGACGCUCAGCGCCUCGACGCCUACCCAAGGCCCGGACCCCGCCCUCUCCAGCACCGAGACUCUGCUGAGAAACAUCCAAGGGCUGCUCAAGGUCGCGGCGGACAACGCUCGUCAACAGGAACGCCAGAUCAACUACGAGAAAGCCGAGCUGAAGAUGGAUGUGCUGCGAGAGAGGGAAGUGAAAGACAGUUUGGAGCGGCAACUCAUGGAUGAGCAGAAAAUCAGAGUGCUGUACCAAAAACGGUUGAAGAAGGAGCGCAAGGCGAGAAGACGGCUACAGGACCAGCUGGAGCUGGAGAUGAAGAGGAGGCAACAGUUGGAAGAGGCUCUUAAGAAUUCUGGAGCCCCUCCUGAAGCUCUACGCAUCCUGAACGAAUCAGCCAGUGAGCCCGCAGCCCAGCCGCCUCCACGCACCGCCCCCGCAGAGCCUGAUAACCCUGCUCCAUCGUAUCCGCCCCAACGGCCACCCCCACAGCCCGAAGCGCCCCCUGCCGAGAAGCAGUGGAACUACUCGGGGCUCGACCUCAUCAACUCGGGGGCCGCAUUCUGGCAGAACUAUUCCGAAUCUUUGGCCCAGGAACUUGAGUUGGAGAGGAAAUCGAGGCAACAACAACAGCAGCAGCAGCAGCAACAACAACAGUCAGACAUCGACGUCAAACCUCCCCUUCAAGACUCGAGGGCCGGGUACUACAAGAACUCCGUACUGUUCAGCAGCGCCACCUAGACUGAACCUGCCUGACCUGCGAGUACUUCCUAGAUCUCAUAAUCGUCAGAAGGCUGCUUCGGGUGCUUUCCUCUCGUCCGUCAUCUCUGGCUCACUGUGACGCGGUUUACAAAAAUACUAAAAUAUUCUAGUCAACAGUAUUUGUUCAAGAGUUCGUUCAGAUUUACAAAACAAGGUUGAUUUAAAGUGUAAUCCUCAAGUGUUUAAACAGAUGAAAGAAUCGGAAGCGCCCGAGUGACCUGACAGUGAUGAAAGGAAACGAAGUGAAGUGUACGAAGUGAAAGACGAGUCCGAAGCUGGGGUGUUUUGAAGUUAGACAAAGUUUGAGCUUUGUAGUAAUCUUUUAAAUGUUUAUAUGUUUAGGGAGGUGGCACAAAACACUCCCACAUCGCGACGACCGUGUUCCCUGAAGUGUUUAAAGCCUUAAAUAUAGUUCAAAACAUUCCGAACACCCCAGGACUUGCGACCUUCUCGGGUAAAACCCACUGAAUUUGUAAAUUAGUCUAAUUUAUUGAAUGUAAAUUUAAGUUGUGCAUGCACUCUCGUCGACCGCAUUCAGAAGACCGUAGUCGUACCGUAAGGCUGUAUUAGUGAUCAUACUUGUAGACUUUGGACAUAGAUUUAAUAUAACAGGUCACUGUUAUUGUGUUUAUUAUCUAUUAUAAUUAUUACUAUUAUUAUUUAGUUUACUAUGUACAUAGCCUAAUCUAGUUACAGUUGUUCACUAUGUACAUCCUGUUUUAAUUCACUUUAAAGUUGAAUUUUAUGGUUUUAAAUUAUAAUAAUGUUUAGAGUCAUGUGCCCUAUGUAUAAAUAUUAAAUUUAUAAUGCCAUAUUGUAAUCUUAUUUCAAGUAUUUAUCAAUAUUAUUUUCUUCGUAGAUCAGUUCACUUUUAAGUCGUUUACAUACGUUUCAUUUUGUAGGAUAAACCAAAACUGGUUAUUUUCAAAGAAGGUACUUGUUAUACAUAAAUUUGUUUAUUUCUUCAAUAGUAAUUUAGUUGACAAAUACUAUUUUAUUAUAAUUAUAAUUUUACGAUAUUCAUAACUAUUGUCAUGAUCGACUACUGUUUAGACAGAACAUUCAUUUAACAGAAUCUGUUACGUACUAAAUCCUAUAAUUAGAAACAUUAGGCCUAUAACUAUUAACUUCCAUUGUUUUCUUCUCUAAAAUUUUAAGUUUUUUACAACGAUUUAUGUAUGUAGAUAAAAAGGACCAUUGAAUGUAUACCGAGCAAGAGCAAAUUACUAAAUUGAAAUAAAAAUAGUAAAACCAUUGUAUAGCAAGUUUUUUAGUUCAUUUAAAAGCUGUUAAAAUUUUAAGAGUUGAAGAAGCAUACAACUAAAAGUGUAGUGCAGUUAAAAUCACAGCACCUCUUUUGUUAUGUUAACAAGUUAUUUUGACAUUUUCUAGAUAAGUACAAUUCCUGUUUUCCCGGCUUGGACCUUAUUUUCAUAAAGAAUGUAUAAUAGAAUAAAGAAUAAUUUAUUGUCUCGUCUGGUGAACUAGCACUAAAUGUACAGCUAUCAAGUGUUUUUCUAAGCCAGCCAGUCCAUCUCUCUCUGUACAUUGUGUGUACCCUGUGCUGUACAUAUUCACUAGCACCUAGCAGUCCGACUCUUGUGUACAUCGACAUUUUUCACCGUAUCUAUCGAUUGUGUCUGCUACACCCUAACAAAAGAGUUGUCAUUCCAAAAUGUCUCACAAGGUAACAUUACUGUUUGCUUUCGUUGUGUUAUCAGAUCAGAAUGAAAUUGUUCUUCACUUAUCGGAUUUGUACUUACUUGGCAACUCUUUUGGUACGUGUCUCGUGGCUGAAUGGUCCCAACAAUAUAUGUAUCAAUAAACCUUCCCAGUGUAUUUAA